UCAGCUGUCACAUUUCACGAUUCUCAGGCCGUCACAUACUUUAUCGGCUUUUAUAUAUUAUGAAAUAAAUAUUUAAUACGUUAAAACAAAUAUUUAUAAAGCAAAUUAUGGCUUUAUCAUUUUUCCGUUCGAGUGUGAUAAGUAGACAUGUGAAAAGGCAGUUAUAUCAAAAACGUAAUUCGGGAUAUGUUGUGCUGAUCCCAGAAAUAGGAGAAGAUGCAGACAAGAAUACACUACUCUCAGACAAUGGAUUGCCAGAAUUUGAUGACAUUUCUAUAGAGAAAUGUAUAGCUACCAUCAGCAGACAGAGUCUUGAGUAUGAGAAUGGAGUGAGGCAAAUUGAGCAGUCCUCACAAAACUGCAAGAAUGCUUUCAAUGAAAUAUUUCAACCGCUAGAGAAACUCGACAACCAAUUGGAACUCACCUGGGGAAUGGCAAAGACACUGUACUUAGGAAAUAGUUCAUUAAUGCCGACCAAGUCCUACAUACAAAUACAUGAACGCGCACAUAAGGCCAGGUCAGCUAAGUUUAACAGCUAUCCCAUAUACCAAGCAGCCGUUGAUGAGAAAAAUCGUCUCAAAAAGCUGACAGAUGAGGAGCAAAGACUUUUGGAUAAAUACAUUUUAGAAGGCAAACUCAAUGGAUUAGAUGUAAAAGGUAUUAAAAGGGACAGGUUAAAUAAUGUCUUAGCAGCAUUGCAGAAAGAAAGACAGCAGUUCAGGGAUAAAGUCAAUAUAGCUAACAAAAUUUUCACAAGUAACAUAACAGAUCCUGAAGUGAUGAGAGAGUUUCCUCCAAGUCUUGUGAAGUCAAUGGCAGUAGGUAAUGAUCCAGAAAGAGGCCCAUGGAAGAUCACACUUCAACCUCACAUUUACGAACCUUUCAUGGAGUACUGCUCGGACAGAGAGUUGCGAUGGAAUGCGUGGCAGGCACAUGUCCAGCGAUGCUCCAAUUACGUGAACAAAGAAAUAGAAACAGGCAACAAUUUGGAUAGCAUUCGCAGACUUAGGGGAGAACAAGCGCAAAUAUUGGGUUAUGAAACCUUUGCCGAUAUGAGCAUGGAAACCAAAAUGGCAGGUUCAGUUGAAAAUGUAUACACAAUUUUUGAUAAACUGCUUGAAAGUGCCAGGUCUAUGCAAGAUGUUGAGAUUGAGCUGCUGCAACGAUUUGCGCAAGAACGAGGUUUCGAUUUUAAAUUGCAAUGGUGGGAUAUACCUUACUGGCAAAGAAAACAAAAAUGGACUUUAUAUGGUUUUGAUGAGGAAAAAAUUCGGAAAUAUUUCCCACUUCCACGGGUGAUCACGAGUUUAUUCAACCUAUGUAGUACAUUAUUCAAAAUCCAGAUAGUGGAAAGGUCAGACGUGCACACGUGGCACAAGGACGUGAGAUUCUACGACGUAUACGACGGAACGAGUAAUAAUCCCAUAGCGGGAUUCUAUCUAGACCCGUACGCUCGACAAGAUCAGAAAAUUCGAGUAUACGACGACGCCGGCUGGCACAUCGCGAUACGGAACAAAUGUGGUUCAACGAACACACUGCCAUUAUCCGCGUUAAUAUUUAAUUUCCAAGCUCCUUCCGAGGGUAAACCUUCGCUGCUGUCGUUUAAUGAAGUCGGUGUUUUGUUCCAAAGGUUCGGCCACUCGUUACGUCAUAUGCUUACGAAGGCAAAUUACUCUGAGGUCGCCGGCUUAUCGAACGUGGAGUGGGACGCGGCGGAGGUGUGUGGACAAGUUAUGACGCACUGGCUGUAUGAUCCACACACGAUCCGCGCUAUCAGCGGCCACUACAGCACGGAUGAGCCACUACCAGAUGACAUUCUGAAGAACUUACAAAACAUCCGGGGUCACAUGGCCGGCUACAACUUAUGCAAGGAAUUAUACCUCUCGCGACUCGAUCUAGAAAUGCAUUCGAAGAAAACGUUCUGGAGAGACAUCGUGAGGGAAAUGUGGCCAAAAUACCACGCGUUACCUUUCGACAAAUAUGACUCCCAUCCGCUAUCGUUUACUAAAAUCAUCUCGGAGGAGUGGGGCGCCGCGUACUACUGCCGUAUUUGGUCGAGAAUGAUCGCGGCAGAUAUCUACAGCACGUUUGAGGAGGCGAGGGCGGGAGACCAGGAUAUUCUGGCUGUGGGCAAGCGGUAUAGAGACACGUUCCUGGCCGUCGGCGGCAGUUGUCACCCCAGCGAAGUGUUCAGGAGGUUCCGUGGCAGAGAUCCCUCACCGCACGCUCUUCUAAAAAAUCUUGGUCUGCCGAAAAAUGUCACAGAAAUAGAAGAAUGAAGUUCAAGAGAUAUUAAACACUAUUCCUGAAGAAUUUGUGUUAAUGCAAUUUUAGUGAGUUAACGUACCGAACCAAAAUAUACAAUGUAAGAUAAACAUGUUUUCGGCGCAUUUAUUUAUUAAUAAAUAAAUACAACUAC